AUGUCUCUAGCCAUUGAUGUGGCCUUAAUGUACCUGCGUAUUCCAUUGAUUAGCCAACUACCCACGGAACGCAUGCCAAAGCCCCCGGGCGCCGGAAAGUUGCAGUGUGCUCCGCUAAACACACUGCGAUUCAAAACAAUGCAUACAAGUCGCGACAAAUUGUCUGAAUUCCCACGCUCCAAGGUGCAUGUGUGGGAACGAAAACAGUUCCACCGUUUUCUGUAA